UUGUGUGCUAAGCUCUGAACAUAGAUACUCUACUCUAAGCACUUAAUCAGCAUUGAAGACGUCAUUGUUAACGUUGCUGAUAUAAGUAUCUACCGAAAGUUGAGUGAAAAUUCUCAUCACAAAUAAAGUUUGCUGGAAAGCCUGGAAAUUAUUUCCAUUCACUAAAAUGUUUACGAAAUCGAAAGUCGUUUCAGCGCAUUACAAACGUUGAUGGGAAAUUGAAUUGUCACAUUGUGUUUUCUGUUGUCAUUUGAUUGUUACCUAUUAUUGUUGCGGCAAUCUGUUACAAGUACAACAAGUGUAUGGAAAAAUAGUUCCGGUUUGGUGGCAAGUGUUUUUCUAACUUCAAAUGGAUAAAUCGAAUUUCCGGCUUUUAGCUGGCUUAGUGCUGUCGCUCAGCUUGUCGCAGCAUACAUGUCGCUGUCAAACGAACACGCUCUUCAAUCAAUCACCCUUUCAGCGAACGCAGCAAACGCAAUUCCGACAGCAAUUGCAACAGCAGCAACAGCAACAACAACAACGCCAGCAGCAACAACAAGGUUUUCCAAACAACCUGAAUACACUGCAACCGCUGGGCACAACACUGGGCGGUAUAGCACCCAUCUCACCGCUAACGAAUCUGGGACAACAGAAUCCGUUUCGCAUCUACAAUCGUCUCGACCAGCCGAACUAUGUGCCCAUUACCGCCUAUCAGAACGAUCUCAAUUACGACGGAAGCUUUUCCUACGGCUACGCCUCAGCAGAUGGCACUACGGCGCAGGCGCAGGGGUAUGUAAAGAAUUUGGGCUUAGGCGAAGAUGUCGAGGCGCAGGUGGUGCAAGGUUCAUACUCGUACACCUCGCCAGAGGGCACGCCAAUCACCGUUAGGUAUAUAGCUGAUGAAAAUGGCUUUCGCGCUGAGGGCGCACAUAUACCCACACCACCGCCCAUACCCGACGCCAUAGCCAAAUCAUUGCAGUACAUAGCGAGCGUACAGCCGUAUCAACAAGGCGGCGUCAAUCCCAAUUUGAAUCCCUAUCAGACACCCUUUCGUCAAUUUGCCAGCGGUCAACCGCUGAGACCGGGCCAACAGCAGCAACUGACACCUUUUCAACUACAACAACAACGCACGUAUCAACAACAAUUAGCCGGCCAAUUGCAGCCGCCAUUUCCACAAUUUUCUGGUGCUCAACAACCGCAGACGAAUGCAUUUUUUGGUGGCGCUGGCGUCGGGGGCAUCGGCGCUGGUUUCGGCGGUCAAGGUCAGUUUCCGGGUCAGUUUGGUGAUUUGAGUGGUCAAAAUUUUACACAACAAUCGCAGAGCUUGCAACAGGAUCAGCAGCAACAAGGUUUGCAGCAGCAACAACAACAGAAGCAUCAUCAACAACAACAACAGCAACAGCAGCAACAGCAGCAGCAACAACAAUUGGCGACUCAAGAGCUGCGUGCGCGUCCCAACCAAUUGGUGAGUCCUUUCGGCUACAAUCAAUAUCGCCGCUACAAGAAGGCAGUGGAAGUGAAAAAUUAAUUAUCACACAACAACAACAAAACCAGCAAGCAUUAUCACAUAAACUAUUAUUAAGUUAUUAUCUGCAAUUCGAUUCACUGCAUGUAAUUUUUUGUUUGAAUUUUCUAUUUUUUUGCAUAAUUAUCUACUUUUCUAAGCGUUUUAGUCUUAAGUGAGGCAAAACCUGUAUUUAUCUGCUAAAAUGGGUUCUAAUUAAUUUACUUUUGUAUACUGUAUUACUAGAUACCAGUUUUGAAAUCGAAUGAAAUAGUCAUUUUUAGUAAUUCAAAUACAUGCAACACA